CGAAGCAGCUACAUCGCAUGCCACCGGCGAACUGACUUGGGAGGAAGAAAUAAUUUGUGUAAGUACACUCUCUGGUGCCGAGCGUAUGUAAGGCAAAGUUUCUGCGCCUCACCAUUGCCGACAAAUCGCUGGAGCCAAGCCGCAUUGGGCGAUUAGGAAUCGGACGUCAUUCCCGCGAUUGUUCAGCAGUGUGGCGGCGAAGGGCAGCACCCUUACUUGACCUUACAUAUUCACUCUUCGGCUGCAUUUCUAUCUCAGCCAAUCUAUGUCCGCAGCAACGGCUUUCAGAAGAACACUACUCACAUCUACGCGCAUCAGCACACGGACUCCAAUCAACCGAACAACAAGCCCGAUCUACCAGUCCAUCUUUCAUCAACACCGAACCUUCUCCGCAGCAAUGGCGAAGCAGGGCGUGCACAACCUCAAGACCAAGGCCGACUUUGACCAGGCCAUGCAAGACAAGGACACGCUGCUCGUGCUCGACUGCUUCGCGACAUGGUGCGGUCCAUGCAAGGUCAUUGCGCCGACUGUGGUGAAGUACUCCGACACUUACACUGACGCGCGCUUCUACAAGCUCGAUGUUGACGAAGUCCCCGAGGUGGCGCAGGAGCUCGCCGUGCGCGCCAUGCCCACUUUCCUCCUCUUCAAGAACGGCGAGAAGGUCGGUGAAGUCGUUGGUGCGAACCCGAGUGCGCUUGAGACCGCGAUCAAGAGCAACCUUUAGACGAGAGCUUUGAGUUAGAAGUUUCAGGAGUGGGACGUUGAAAGUGCGCCAACUGCCACGGCGAGGAGG